AUGGCUUUCGACCCUUUUCGUUCCAAGAACCUAAUCUACCGGGCGGUUGAAGACAAUCCCGAGGAUGAAGCCUUCCUCCACUCAAUCCAGCUUGACACAGUGUCCUUGUCAGGCAACACCAUCCAUCUCUUGGUUCCCCAGGGCAAGGCCCAUACCAAAAAGCUCUCGGACAUCCUCAGGAACAACGCCUUGAUCGCGGUCAUGAUUUGCCUACCUCCAGCCACUGACAGUGGCAAUGAGUCCGGAGCUACGGCCACACCGAUUGGAAUCAUUGCGCUUAGCAAAUCGCAUCCCAAUGGAGUUCAAAACCGCAAUGCGGGCAUCGCCAUUAGCAUCUACAAGGAUUUCCAGAACAAAGGGUACGGCUCGGAGGCAAUCCGCUGGAUUCUCGGAUACGCAUUCGUCAUGGCGGGGAUGCACAGCGUCAGCAUUGAGACAGUCAGUUUCAACGAACGCGCCAUCUACCUGUACAAAAAGUUGGGCUUUGUCCCGGAGGGCCGACGCCGACAGCAGGUCUGGUUCCGCGGGGCUUGGCACGACUUUGUGGAGUUGGGGAUGCUCGAGAGCGAGUACCGGGAGAUGCAGGAGAAGGAAGGCAAGUCGUGGGCGGAGGAUACGACUCUAUAG